AGGUGCAGUUUUUUUCAAUAGAUGAGGAGUAAUGGUUGAAUUUUCCGUAGUAUUUGCGGAUGACCUAGACCGAUCUACAUCAGAGCUAUUUUCAUAUGUUUCGGUUAAUUCAUAUGUUUCAGUUUCUCUUCUACUCAAGUGAUUCUUCUCCUGACUACUUUGAGUAUCUUCAUUAACUGUUUCCUCAACAUUACUUGACGUUUGAGCAAACUGCAAGAACGGCUUAAAAGCUGACAUCUGAGCAGCCCAAGGCCAACUUCUAUAUCGAUCAAUAUUUUUGGCUUUCUGUAAAUGUCUUUUCAGAUCGAAGAUGCUUUGCGUAGCAGUCGCGAAUAUUUUUCCAUCUUUUCUUGGCAUCUUCACCUAAAAAAUUAUUAUAAUAAAUAAUAAAAAAUUCACCUGGAAAAGGUGAAUUUGCGACAACUCUGCGUAAUUUCAUUGAUUUAUAUUUGCAGGUUUCUUGCGACUGGAGAUUCUUUAAAAACAAUCGGCCACAGCUACAGAAUGGGAUUUUCAACUGUGAGUCAAAUUAUUAAUGAAGUGUGUGAUGCAAUAUGGAAACAUCUACAGCCUAUUUAUAUGCCCGAACCAUCCACAGAGCUAUGGGAAAGAACAAUUUCCAGAUUUGAGAAUUCAUGGCAGUUUCCCAACUGUAUUGGGAGUAUAGAUGGGAAACAUGUCGCAAUCAAGUGCCCUCCUAAUAGCGGUUCAAAUUAUUACUGUUAUCUUAAAAAAUUUUCAAUUGUAUUAUUGGCUAUUGUGGACCACGAAUAUAAAUUUGUUUGUGUGGAUGUCGGCGGCUAUGGUAAAAACAGUGAUGGUGGCAUUUUCGAAGCAUCCUCUUUUGGACAACGGAUGUCCAGAGGAUUAUUGAACAUUCCUCCCAAUAGAGCCUUGCCAGGUCAAAAUGAAGAAACUCCUUGUGUACUUAUUGGCGAUGAAGCAUUUGCUUUAACAUCCUUUCUAAUGAGACCAUUCCCUUACAGAUUAUCACGUCACGAUAUUCGAAAAGAAAAAUACAAUAAGCGCCUAUGUCGUGUACGGAGAGUAGUCGAAAAUGCUUUUGGCAUUUUAGCUCAAAAAUGGAGGUUAUUUUACAGACCCUUAGAACUAAAAGUAGAAACAUCUAUAAAAGUUAUCAAAGCAACGUGUGUUUUACAUAACUAUUUACGUACGGAAAAAAGAGAUCUACUUUUUUCACAUCUAUUAGAAGAUGCAGAGCCCAUAAUAGGAGCGUUAGAUCCUCUUCCAGCUGACGGCCGAAGAGCGACAAACUAUUCGUUUCAAAUACGAGAAAAUUUUGUAAAUUUUUUUAAUACUUAAUAUUUUUUCUAUAUUACUUUAUCUUCUUAAAGCUGCAUACAAUAUAACCUGAUAAUAAAAUAUUACUUGUUUCAUUUAAAGAAAAAAAAUUCAAAUUAAAUAAUUUAUAAAAAACAUUUUUACAAACAAGCUUUUAUUAA